UUGAAUAAUAUAAUUUCUAGGCAAUCAUGGGAACAACGUGAUGAAAUCAAUGCAAAACGGAAAACAUCUCUGUAAGUGAGAGACUAAGACAUUACUCUAGGAUGAUAAAUUUUACCCAAAGAAAAGAGUCAAUUCUACUAGAGAGAAGUCUCUAGCUGAUAUAAAAGUCCCUCCUCCUCAAAGUCAUGGUAUUAAGUCUCGAGGAGUAAAAGUUGAUAUCAAUGUUAAUAUAAUCACAAAUGUGGUUGGCAAACGGAAAUCUCAAGAUCCAAUACAUACAGAGAUAAUGAAAGGAAAAAGAAUUUCUAUGAUAUCAUCAAAGCCUCCUAAAAUUUAUUGUACGAAUGAGGCAGAUGAGAAGCAAAAAUAUGACCUAGGAGAGGAGGAAGAGAUCAAAAUGAGCAAGCCAUCUGUAUCAGACUCUUCUUCCAGCGAUUCUAGCUCUGAGUACAAUAUUCACCAAGCAUCCUUGCCAAAGAUUAAAGUAAGCAAGUGAGAAGAGAACAAAGAAGAAAUUAUGAUUAAGAAAUAGAUCUAAUGCGAAGGUGAAAUUUGACCCUAAAAAUCUUCUCAAAGAGAAAGGCUCUAACCUAGAAGAUAACUAUGAGUUCUGAGGGAAGCUUGGCAAAGGUACUUAUGGUGAGGUCCUUAAACUUCGGCAUAUAAUAACUGGUGAGUAUCGGGCUUGAAAAUCCUUUAUUAAAGCUAAUUAUAAAUCUGAGAAAAUUUCCCUACUUUACAAUGAAGUCAGGAUCUUAAAAAUGAUGGACCACCCAAACAUUGUCAAGGUUUAUGAUUACUAUGAAGAUUCAGACAGAUUUCAUAUAGUGAUGGAAUAUUGAGAAGGAGGAGAACUAUUUGAAUACUUCUCUAAAUCUGGGGCCUUUACAGAAGACAUGGCAUCUCAUAUUAUGAAACAAAUCUUAUCAGCUAUUGCUUAUCUGCAUUCUCAGAAUAUCAUUCACUCUGACUUGAAAGCAGAGAAUAUUAUGUUUUAUUAUAAAUAAUGAUGAUGAUCUUCAUGUAAAGUUGAUAGAUUUUGGAAUGGCUACAAAAUAUGAGGAGAAAAAAUCUCGCAUUUGAGGAACACCUUAUUACAUUGCUCCAGAGGUGUUAAAGAAUUUUUACGACUCAAAGGCUGAUAUAUGGAGCCUAGGAGUCUUGAUCUACAUCUUGCUGGUUGGAAUACCUCCUUUCAAAGCUGCAUCUCUCAAAGAGGUAUUUAAAUAAGAUUCUGCAGGGAAAAGUAGACUUCAAUAAUAAGACUUGCCAGAGCCUCUCAGAAGACUCUAUCGAAUUUAUUAAGCAAUUACUAACAUAUGAUCCUGCUGAGCGUCCCUCUGCUGCAGAGUGCUUGAAGCUUCCUUGGAUCAAGAAUCAGUCACAAGAGAGAAAGGAGAAAAGUAAGAUAUCAACAUUGGUCAUAAAGAACCUUAAAAAAUUUACCUCAGAAAGAAAGCUAGAAAUAGCCGUUAUUUCAUACAUUGCUAACUUUGUCGCAAGCAGUCAAAAUAACCAGGUAAUGAGAGACACUUUCCAGAUGCUUGAUAAAGACAAUGACGGAGUGCUUUCGAAACAAGAGCUCAUUAAUGGCUUGACCAAGGUUUUUGGCAAACAAGCCUUUCUUCACGAAGAAAUCGACCAGCUCUUAGAUAAUAUAGAUCUCAAUGGGAAUGGAGUUAUUGAUUACUCUGAAUUUGUGACAGCCACCUCAGAUUAUCAAAAAUUAUGUACUGAAAAAUAACCUCAAGACUGCCUUUGAUAAAUUCGAUCUAGAUGGAAAUGGCGAGAUCACAUUAGACGAGCUCAGGGAGGUGCUUUGAGGAGACGAAGAUGAUGAAGACAUUAGAAACUUAAUCAAAAAGGUCGAUAAAAAUGGGGAUGGCCAAAUCAAUUUUGAAGAAUUCAAAGAUAUGAUGCUUACGUUACAAUAUAUCAAAAGGAACUCAAUGGUUUCUCCAGAAAUAGGAAAGGGCAUCAACUCUUCACUAGGAGUGACUGCUUUACUAGAAAAUAGGAGGGUCUCUAUGUUCUAA